AUGACCAGUCUCAAGAGCAAGUACAUCAAAAUUUCCAAUCCCGUUCCUCAUGUAUUGUUAUUGGAGUUAAAUAGAAAGCCAGUCAACGCAUUCAAUACAGAGUUUUGGAAGGAGUACGGAUGUACAUUUGACGCACUUUCAACCAACCCGGACGACAUCCGCGCGGUCGUCCUUUCGUCCGCAUUUCCCAAGUACUUCACUGCAGGGCUCGACUUCCAGGGAUUCAUGCAGCUCGGGAGCAACGACGUGACCAUGGAUCCUGCACGUCGCGCAUUUCUGACACGCGACCUCAUCCUCGACAUCCAACGAGCUGUAGCAGCCCCCGAGCGGUGCCCAAUUCCCGUCAUAGCAGCAGUGCAUGGGAGUGUGAUUGGUAUGGGGAUAGACAUAAUCUCCGCGUGCGACGUGCGAUAUGCAGCAUCUGAUACGAAAUUCUCCAUCAAGGCUCUCGACAUGGGGCUGGCGGCUGACGUUGGGACGCUAGCUUAUCUACCGAAGAUUACGGGUAAUCAUUCAUUAGCUCGUGAGCUGGCGUAUACUGGACGCACGUUCUCGAGCGACGACGCGGAGAAACUUGGUCUUGUUUCCCGAGUCGUUGAAGGUGGAAGGGAGGCAGUCGUGGCUGCAGCACUGCAAUUGGCCAAAGACAUCGCUUCGAAGAGUCCUGUAGCAGUGACGGGAACGAAGCAUCUCCUUUUGCACGCCAGGGAUCACAGCGUCGCAGAGAAUCUGCAGUACACGGCAACUUGGAAUUCAGCUGCACUUCAAGCUGCGGACUUGGGGCAGGCACUUCGAGCGGGGAUGACCAAGUCCAAGGAAUCACCACAGUUCUUGCCAUUAAGGCCCAAGCUUUAG